ACAGCUCAUUGCGUACAAGGGGGCUGGCAGCGUGAUGUCAGGCAGUAAGGUUAUUUCGUAAGCCUCCAUCUAGCCUAACCCUGCUCAGGAUGGAGGAGGCUGGCGUUGACGUCCCGGUGAAUUGGCAGUGGUGGCAGGAGAGAGUUUGACGCCCAUUCCCAGGAGUUCAGCGUCCCUGUCACAAAGCCACUACGACACAGCAGACCACUCAACAUAGGUAAUGGAGGAGGACAGCGUUUGCGUGGCGGGCCCAAAAGUAACCGAAGACGCCUGCGCAGUGAUGGAGUGACUGUGGAGACCCGAGAGGAAGCGGCUGCGCACUGAAGAAAGGAGGAGUGGAAGAAGGCUCCCACGCUGUGAGCCAGUCUGCGGCUGCGCAGUGGAGGAGGCUCAGGGAAGUAGUGGCGGCGCCAGCGGCGGCGGCGGCGCGAUGGAGCCGGAGGAGCCGAUGAACGAGCUAGUGUCAGCCGAGGGCCGGAACAGGAAAGCCGUGCUUUGUCAGCGCUGUGGAUCCCGGGUGCUGCAGCCCGGGGCCGCUCUCUUCUCACGCAGACAGCUGUUCCUUCCCUCCAUGAGGAAGAAGCCAGCUCUGGCUGAUGGCAGCAACCCAGAGGGUGACUUCCUUCAAGAACACUGGCUGGUGGAUGACAUGUUCACCUUUGAGAAUGUGGGCUUCACCAAAGAUGUGGGGAACGUCAAAUUUCUGGUCUGCGCAGAUUGUGAGAUUGGACCCAUCGGCUGGCACUGCCUGGAUGACAAAAACAGUUUCUAUGUGGCUUUGGAGAGGGUUUCCCAUGAGUGACUAAGGGACCUUCCAUAGCAGCUUCCUUCCCAUGGUGGAAGCAUCUUCCCCAAACAGCAGGCAUUCUAACCUGAUCUAACUGUUCUGCUGCUUUCUUCUCUAUACUAAUGUAAAGUGGUGAGUACCACAAUGUCUACUUGAACAUACAAAGGGUAUUUACCCUAACUUGCUUCCUUGAAACCUCAAGUGCACAUGUCUCACAUAGUUCUCCCUGUACUGCAACACUUCCUCCUCUUCCCCUCUCUGGUUUGAGUGAUGUGGGAAGCCAGGUACCUCUCAGAAUUCAUCCACUGGCCUGGCUGUGUGUCUGUGUCUUUUAUCCAGGUGCUACUUUUUGUUUCCUGCUCUGGACUGAUAGUCAGAUUUUUAUUGUUCUGACUUUGUUUGCCCCUUUUAGCAUUUGAAAUUCUCAUGUGGCUUCUCAUCAAUGGUCUACUUACAAUAUAUGAGUAGAGAGUUACGUUUUUAGCACCUUCUUGCAACCACCACAAAAAAAAGUAAUUCACCAGAAGAAGAUUCUCCUUUGAGUAUCAGGGUGGAGGAACCACUGCUAACUUGCAUGUAAAGUUUACAGGCUUGGCUCAUGUCCAAACAGAUGACUGUCUGGGUCCCUUCUUCAUGGGAAGAAUUAUGUCUAAAGAAAGCAUCAUCAGCACAGUUAUUGAACCUAAUGGACAUGAUGCAGGCAAGAAUUCUUGGUGAGAUGGGAAUUUUCCUUAUCUUUAAUACUCACCAUCCUAACAAAUUCCAGAAUGCAAACUUUCUGUCCACUUAUAUGUAUUCCUAUUCAAGUGAAUUCAUGUUUUCUGACUGGUAGGAAAACCCUUAGUCCUUCUGGUUUGGUGCUGAUACAAGAGGGCAUUAAAUAUGAAUGAGUCGGCAUAGUACUUGUUUUACUCUCUUCCGUGGUUUCCAUUUACUGUCAUCUCCACUGAAAUGGCCCAUGGUACCUUCUCUCAAAUGAUGUAUAAAUUAAGGUUUAAAGCAGCCUCCUGGGACAACUCAGGGGGCUGGGAGUUGAGGUGGAGAAGCACAGAUCAUUCGAAAUGCAGACACCAUCUUGAGUGAUUCAGUGCCUCACACCCCUUGGUUUGGUGCUCUGUUCCAUUCUUUACACCUCUUCCCCAACCCCUUUAACCUUCCUGUAUGGUGGGCUUCCCCAUUGAGGUAAAAACAUUGUGUAUAAACCUUUAACCAACUCCCCCCACACCCCUGAAGUGCUCCUUUUGGAAGAAUUGGACAGUUCCUAAAUUUUCUGAACCUCCAAGAAGUUAAAUGUGUUGCUAUAUAGUUGCUAGAAACACUACUGAGGAUUUUUUAUUCCUACAAAGACACUUGGGCCAGAGAAGCAAAGCCAAGUAGGUGUGUCUGGAAAUGUGUCUGCCCCCUCUACUACCAGCCAAACCCAGACAGGCAGUUUUUGCCUCAGAAGCCAAAAUUACAAGACAUUUACUACGUCAUCUUUUCAGAUUUACUGACAAUAAUAAAAAAAAAAUCUGAACAGUGGUUAAAA